AAUCUCAGCAGCCCCGUUCUGGCUACUUACCGUUGGCUUGUGGUGGCUAUACCCCAUACCGAUUCCUGGAACCCGCUCGAACCUUCUUUGCCCCGCUAUAACUGUGCAACCAUCCCACUACUUUUUCAAGCCCCUCCUCCACCCUAUCCCUCCCACCCCUAUCCACUCCCAACCACUUUCCUUCCGCUGGAGAAUACGAAUCACAGCUCCGUAGCUUGGAUCAUAAUUCUUCGGAAAAUCGCUAAGCAAUAUGUCUUCCGACAAGGUAUUUUCUUCUUCUGCAAGCUCCGACGACAGCCAACGGGCGUGGCACGAUGGGGUGAUAGACUGACUGUGGUAUAGCUUAAAGCCGAAGGAAACGCGGCUUUUUCUGCGAAAGAUUUCGACAAGGCCAUGUAUGUGUCCCUCCCUCGCGAGUCUAGAGGGAAAUUGAGCGGACUGACGCAAACCAGCGGCCUCUUCACUCAGGCUAUUGAGGUUGAUCCUAACAAUCAUGUUCUUUACUCGAAUCGUUCCGCAUGCUAUGCUUCUAUCAAGGAUUUUGAUGGUGCCCUGAAGGAUGCGGUCAAGUGUAUUGGUAUAGGUCUUGCUCCUUUCCUCGGCGGACCGAGCUGACACUGCACAGAAAUAAAGCCGGACUGGGCCAAGGGUCACACUAGGAAGGGAGCUGCUCUUCACGGUCAAGGAGACUUAGGUGCGCAAUCAUCCACCACUCCACAUCUUUACGAAACUUGCUAAAAUUUUCCCUAGUCGCCGCGCUGGAUACAUAUGAGGAGGCCUUAAAACUUGACCCAAACAAUGCGCAGGCCAAGUCUGGUGUGAAAUCCGUCCAGGAGGCUAUUGCUCGCGACAGCCAGCAGGGCAGUGCCGCAGAUUUGGGGAUGGGAAACCUCUUCAAAGACCCACAGUUUUUGGAGAAGCUCGCAAGAAAUCCGAGGACUUCCGGUUACCUUGAAGAUGUGGAAUUCAUGGAAAAGCUGGAGAAGAUCCGUGUGAAUCCCAACCUCAUCCAAAGUGAGCUCCGCGAUCCAAGGAUCAUGCAGGUCAUCGCAGCCCUAUUGGGGCUCCAGGUGGAAAUGGGCGAUGGCCCCGACGGACCAGGGGGGGCUACUAGAUCCUCUGAGGACACUGAAAUGCCGGAUGCACCCAGGGAUCAACCAAAGAGAGCUGCGGCUACACCUCCAGAGCUGGAGAGCGAAGAGGCCAAGGCUAGGAAGGAGGCCCGGGAGGCAGCAGAUAAGGAGAAGGCGCUGGGCAAUGAGAAUUACAAGAAACGCAACUUUGACACUGCUAUUGAGCACUACAAUAAGGCAUGGGAGUUGUGCAAGGAUAUCACGUACCUCAACAACCUCGCUGCUGCCAAAUUUGAAGCAGGCGACUACGAAGGCUGCAUAAAGGAGUGCGAAAGGGCAAUCGAAGAAGGUCGGGAAAUCCACGCCGACUUUAAACUAGUCGCAAAGUACCCCCCCCCCCUUUUUCUCCAUCCUAUCUCAAUCCAAACUAACAAAUAUCACUAGAGCCUUUGGCCGUAUCGGUACCGCGCACCAGAAACUCGAAAACUACCCUGCAGCAAUAGACUACUACCAGCGCUCCCUCACGGAACACCGCACACCUGAAAUUCUUCAAAAGCUCCGCGCGGUCGAAAAGUUCCAAGCGGACCGCGACCGCAUCUCCUACAUUGACCCGGGAAAGGCCGAGGAAGCAAGAGAAGCCGGAAAUGCCUACUUCAAGUCUGCAAACUGGCCUGAGGCUGUAAAGUCCUACGCUGAGAUGAUCAAGCGCGCUCCGGAGGACCCGCGCGGGUACACCAACCGUGCAGCGGCCCUCACUAAGCUCAUGUCUUUCCCGGAAGCCGUCAGGGACUGCGAUGAAGCCAUCAAGCGCGACCCAGGCUUCAUGCGUGCGCACAUUCGGAAAGCCCAGGCCUGCUUUGCCAUGCGUGAGUACAACAAGUGCCUUGAGGCGUGCAAUGCGGCGACAGAAGCAGAUACAGAGAGCAAGCACACCAAGGAAAUCGAGGACCUCACCCGGAAGGCUAUGCAAACCAUGUACUCUGCGCGUGAGGGCGAGACCGAGGAGCAGACCAUGGAGAGGAUACAAAAGGACCCGGAGAUCGUCGCCAUCAUUUCCGACCCCGUCAUGCAGAGUAUCCUACAACAGGCCAAGAGGGACCCUGCCGCGCUUACCGAGCAUAUGAAGAACCCGGUUGUCAAGGGGAAGGUGCAGAAGUUGAUGGCUGCUGGGAUUAUCAGGAUUGGUUAGUUGCGGUGGGUAGUCUGUUGGAUGGCUUGGGAGGGGGUUUUUGUGACUCGGUUUUACACUUUCCUCUUUUCUCCGUUUUUCCCUAUCAUUGCAAUGAAGUUUAAUAUUUGGUUGAUGGAGGGAUCGGGGGGAUUCGUGUAUACACAUUCGGUUCAGUCUUUGCCCGAUUUUUAUUCACUUGCUCUGUCGGGUUUGUUUUCAAUGCCUGGUGUAAGUUAGCACUGUAUGCCAUGGACGUCCGAUUCGUUUUAUCA